AUGAGUUCAGACGACAAAGUUGUCAGCUACUACAAAUACGAACCCAGCCAUGUGCUGCCUGCGGUCUUUGCAGGCGUCGUAUUUCUCAGCUUGGUGGCACAUAUCUGGCAAAACUUCCGCUACCGCUUCUGGAGAGUGACGUUCUGGGCAUUCUGGGGCGGUUUACUCUUUACAGUAGGCUGGAUCCUGCGAUGCAUCAGCAGCUAUCACCCAGGGAAUAUGAAUCUCUACAUCGCACAAGCCGUGUUUAUUUAUCUUGCGCCUCCCGUUUACUCUGCUGCCGCAUAUAACAUCGUCGGUCGACUGAUGAACUACCUUCCCAUGCACGCCGUGUUCCACCCCGACCGCGUACUGAUCGUUUUCGUGUACGCCGGUGCUGCAGUCGAAGGUAUCACCGUGGCAGGCGCAGCCAAAUAUGCAGCAGCCGGUGAUGAUGCAGCGCAGUACAAGAGUGGUGGUGUCCUCAUUGCCGUCGGCCUGAUCCUGCAAGCCGCCGUUGAAUGCCUGGUAAUCGCCGUCGUCGCAAUGAUACAUACACGAGCAGCCAAAGCCGGAACACUCCCUCGCAACGUGAAAACUCUCUGCAUGUCACUAUACGGCACAUCCACCUUUGUCCUGCUUCGCUGCAUCUUCCGUGCUGUGGAGUCAUUUGAGAUGUUCGGCAACAUCGGCUGCGAGGAGAACUGUGGCCCCAUUCUCAGCAACGAGUGGUAUCUGUUUGCCUUUGAACUGGGUCCGAUGCUGAUCUUCACUUUUUGGCUGAAUCUGCUCCAUCCCGGUCGCUUUUUGCCGCGGAAUAAGAAGCGCUAUCUGGGCACCGAUGGCCGCACUGAGCGUAUGGGACCUGGGUGGAGCGAUCGCCGGGAUCCAUGGGAGACGUUCCUUGACCCUCUUGACUUCCAGGGUAAGAUCAAGGGACAGGUUUCUCAUGAUCAGUACUGGUUGAGACCCGACGAGUGGUCCAUCUGUGAGGACGGUAGCUUUGCCGAGGGAACUGCAUCGAAUGUGAGGUCAACGCAGACGAGAAGGGAGAAGGUGCUCCGGCCCGGUGAAGUUUAG